UGACAAUGGUAGCGUCGCUGUCGUAUUUUUGUGGACAAGGGCAAGUCUCCACUGCUACUGUCUGCGUUGCUUUCCCUAUUGGAAGUUAGCUGAACAUGGCGAGGUUUUUAAGGCCUAGCAUUAGAAGUUUUGUCACUUCACAGUUGAGAAUGUCCGACCAGUUGGGUGAGUUUGGCAAAGGUGCAGGUAAAGGUGGUGGAGGUGGAGGGUCCAUCAGAGAGGCAGGUGGAGCCAUGGGGAAGAAGCAGGCUGCUGAGGAGGAGAUGUACUUCAAGCGUAAGGAGAAGGAGCAGAUAGCUGCACUAAGACGCCACCACGAGGAUGAAAUUGACCACCAUAAAAAGGAAAUCGAGCGUUUGCAGCGUGAGAUUGAUCGCCACAAGGGAAAAAUUAGGAAGUUGAAGGAUGACGACUGAACGAAAUCUUUCAGAACAGAAUUCCAAUUGUCUCGUGAUCACAUUCAAGCAGCUUUAGUAAUCAUUCAGACCCCUGCAUGCACGGUGCCACCAGGCCAGUCAUAAAUGUUUGGUUGAUUGUUAAGUAUAUGCUUGAAAUCAUUAAAAUCUGUCAAAAAUAA